AUGGGUCGAUCUUUUCCUCGACUGCUGCAGGGUCUGUCUAUCCGUGUCAAUUCCUUGGAAGCUACUCAACAGGGUCGACAUACGUCAUUGAGUAUCCCUGAAUUCGUGCCCGUGGCGAGAACCAGAUCACUCGCCCCAAUCCAUAAUGCCCAUCAUGCGGCUCACUGCGCUCUCCGCUUCUCGUCCUUCCCGUCUAAAAUUGUUGCGCAUCCCCUUAACAUAGCGAGGUCUACAUCAUCACGUGCAUAUUCACAAGGUCCUGGCCGAAAAUCCAGCGCUCGGGAUCUAGAAGACAUGGUCAGGGCGACUGAGACGCCUGGGCCUGAGGCGAAGCCGGCGGAUAUCCUUAAUGGAGAUAUACCCUUACCUGCUGGUCAGGCAGAGGCUGCAUUGGACCCAGAGUCAGAUGAGGACAUCCCUGUUGAUGUGGAAGAGCUAAAAGAGGCACUCGGCCGACCACCUCCGGUGAAUAGUAGUUACCUUCCUCUUCCCUGGAAAGGCCGAUUAGGAUAUGCUUGUCUAAACACGUACCUUCGCUAUUCAACCCCUUCCGUAUUCUGUUCUCGAACAUGUCGAAUCGCCUCUAUACUCGAAAAUCGGCACCCACUCCAAGAUCCCAAUGAGCCCACACACCCGAUUAAGAAUCGUCCAGACCGCGACCAACCAGCCGAUAUUGCACGCGGACAAGCCUUCGUUGAAGGGUUGGCAUUGGCGAAUGUGCGAGAUUUGGUGAAAAUUAUUCGGUGGAACGACAAAUAUGGCAUUAAGUUCAUGCGACUCAGCAGUGAGAUGUUCCCAUUUGCCAGUCACAAAGAAUAUGGCUAUAAGCUGGCGCCGUUCGCCUCGGAGGCGCUGGCAGAUGUAGGGCAUGUGGUUGCAGAACUUGGACACCGAGUGUCGGUUCACCCUGGCCAAUUCACUCAAUUUGGAUCACCGAGGAAAGAAGUCAUCGAAAACUCCGACCGCGACGCGGUCAUGAUCCUUCAUAUGGGUGGAGUGUUUGGUGAUAAGGCCGCCACACUAGAUCGGUUCCGAGCGAACUAUGCUAUGUUGUCACAGGACAUCAAAAACCGGUUGGUUUUGGAGAAUGACGACGUGAGCUGGUCUGUUCAUGAUCUACUGCCUAUUUGUGAGGAGCUCAACAUCCCUCUUGUUCUCGACUAUCACCACCAUAAUAUCAUUUUUGACGCCAAUGAGGUCCGAGAAGGAACCGAGGACAUAAUCCCUCUCUACGAGCGUAUAUCAGCAACAUGGUCCCGGAAGAAUAUCACUCAAAAGAUGCAUUACUCCGAACAAACUUCACCUGCCAUCACCCCACGCCAACGGCGCAAACACAGUUCUCGAGUUACUACUUUGCCCCCUUGUCCGCCUACCAUGGACUUGAUGAUUGAGGCCAAGGACAAAGAACAAGCCGUAUUUGAGUUGAUGAGAAACUUCAAACUCCCCGGCUACAAUCUUGUGAACGAAAUUAUACCCUUCAUGCGCCUUGACGAAAACCAACCAUUCAAACCACCCAAAAAAUCCAAGAAGAACGGGGGCUUCGUGGACCUCGAAGGCUCAAUACCACCGCCUCGCACCAUCCCAGACGAAGAAGUCGGAAUGGGUGGACCGGAUGGUCGAGUCUACUGGCCCGAGGGCAUGGAAGAAUGGCUCCGACCGGCAAAGAAAAUCGUGAAGCCUAAAGCUACACCAAGUCCCAAGAAAAACGCCACCAAAAAGGGCAAGAUUGAGUCUAUCGCAGGCGAUGCUCCCCUAGAUACACCCAUCAAGAUAGAAACGCCAGUAAAGAAACCCGCCCGGGCCACGAAACGCACGCCUCCUAUGAGCAGGUCUCGGAAGCGCAAGGCUCCAGUGAUUGAGUCCACCUCAGAGUCUGAAGAGACUACAAACACAGAAGAGAUUUCAGCGGAACUCGAUAGUUCUCCGGCUUCGAUGUUACUUUCUCGACGAAGUUCACGUGCGAAGAAAGUGAACUACACCGAGGACAGUGCAUAA